AUGUUGCAGACCAUGCCCCAUACAACAGACAAUACAAGGCCUUGCAAUCUGGAGUCAGCCAACGUCUCCUGCGGCAAAACGCUUCGCCAGCUCAAGGACCUCGUCGCAUGGAACAAGGUUGGGACGCUCCAUCGCAAGCCAGCACGACUGGCUUGCCGAGCAUUCCUUCCGUGUGCAUGCUCUCCCGUGGCGAACGUCCAGCAGCUGACCCUGAAGCUAGGGUUGUCAAUGAUGCAGCUCGAGAGCAAUGGAGCGCUUCAUCGGCAGCAGUCGCCCUCUCCCACCGUAGCAGACGACUCGAAUGGUGCCCUUGCCUUACAACAGCCGCUCAGCGAACCGGAAAUAUCCUCAACAAGGGCCAAUUCCUAUGCGGCUGAAGCCAAUAGAGUCACAAGCCCUUCGCGUGGUAUCCUGGACCAAGUCUCUGAGUUCAAUCGCAACCUACAGCUCGAUGUUGGCGGUGAUACCAUUCCCAACACGUACAACCCAGAUGAUUACAUACAGAGCGCUACCGAAGUAGCGACUCCAAGCAUAGCAAACACACCAGACCUCGGUGUCGCAGAUCAGGCAGUCCAAGAGGGCAAGAAUCUCAUUGAUACACUCACGCGACUGACGUCGAACAUGCAGAAGCCCAAUGGCUCCCCUGGAAAAACGGACGCCACAUCUGCUCCCACUUCCCAGCGCUCGCCCGCCGCCCCUCAGGCUCAGGAACAACUGCAGCAAAUUCUACGCGCUGCAUCUCCUCAAGCACUGCAAAAGCUGGUGUCAUAUCUCGCACCGCUCCACAACCUCCUCAACUCGAUCCCAAACGUAGCCAACACAAUGAGGGACAUGGGCAACCGUUUGGACAUGCUAGAGAACGGCUCGUUCAACUACGUCCAGCCGGAAGACCUCAAUCAAAUGCUCAGCAUGCACGACGAUCGGCUGAUUGAGCUUGAGCACCGCAUGGACGAACAUGACAAACAUCACCAAGCCAUCGACGCCGAUCAAAGCAGCACCACAUACAGGCGACGCAUUGACAAUAUUACAGGGUCGUUUGGCUCCAACCACUCCUUGCAGUCCACCACCUCUUCAGCACUGAUCCUGGCUGCCAUGGAUCGCAAAGACACAGAGAUGGAGUUUAGCAACAUCAAGGACCGACUAGAUGUGCUUGAGUCUGCCGCUCUGCCCUCUACCUUCCAGCCUUGGGAGGUCGAGGUUGUCCUCAUUCCCUGGGGUCGCGACCUGCGUGGAAUAUGGUUCACACCCGACGAGCCCAUGCACGAUAUAUCCAAAGCUACUCAGGAAUCGGAGGAGUGGACACAAGCGCGCAAUUCGAAGCUUGGUGGGGCAGAUGUGCCAAUCCGAGAAACCGAUUCGAGCCCAUACCAUGGCCCACAGACUAUGUCAAGAGGAGGAAUCAUUAGCGACAGCGAAGGCUGGAGCAGCCAAGCUAUUAGUGAUUGGGCCUCUGGAUCAGCGGACGAUUGGUUGUUCCCCAAAGCAUGUGGAAGCAAUAACAUGGUCUACAAACGACUACAGAGUCGUGGCUUUAUUCGAGACGUCACUCUGAAGGGCGCGAGUGCGAGGGAUCUUCAGGCAACGCUUUCGCAUGCCUUCAGCGACCUCCUGGAGCAUCUGAGCUAUACCAAUCAAGAUGGAGAUGACGUCGUCACGGCGUAUCCUGGCCUUCAGGCUUCUUUCAUUCCCCUGCGAAAGGUUCACAAAGACUCCAAGCUUCGUUUCCUCAGCCCUGCAGAAAUGGCUACGUCCGCACUAUGGUCGGCGCAGUUUCUUGGAUCCGGUGUGAUGAUGCGGGUGUCUGGUGGCAGGAAGAGACUGUAUGUCACACAACGCGAGGCUUAUAUCCAGCACAGUGAUGACUUGGGAAGCACGUGGACCUGGCAAGAGUUACGACAGCUUCCUCGCUACCAACCAGAACAGGAUUCGCAGAUGGAAGGCAACGAGGAACAGUGUCAGACCAAGGUUCCAGAAGCAGACGCCAAAGAGACAUGCUGGCAAUACGUCGAGGCAUACGAUGCACCUCCGGCUAGUGUUCACUCUUCGUUCGACAGCUCUCACUCGAUGCAGCUCUCCAUGCGUCCAGCAGAUCGACAAUGGAGAAGAUCCAUGACGCCGAGCUCGAUCCUGAAGAACAAGCUGCCUCAACCCAUCUCGCCACUGAGUGAAUUCCAUACACGACCUACCCAUUUCCGUCAGCGGACAACAUCUGCCUCAGUUGCUGAGCCAUUGGUGACUGGGUCGUCUAAACGUCGCUUCAAUUCAUCGCCAACGAAGCAGUCCUCCGCCCCGCAACCCACAUCUCGUACCCCCAGCGUGUCUGUCGCAAGACUCAAGCGCCGCCGAACCGCCAAUCCCUCGUAUCAAGAUGAUAAUGACCUUGGCGAAGCGCAGAUCACCAUGUGGAAUCCCACGCCGCGGCGCUCGCGAGAACCGCCUUCGCCAUUCUAUUCAUCGCAGCCCGCCCUCGCAAGGACGAGCUCGGAUGUGACAAGUCGACCCAGUCAGCGUUCCGUCGCGAUAGUAGGCAAGUCUACACCAUUCGCGUAUGCCACGCCGCAUUCGGGGCCAUUCAUUGGCGGUGCUGGAUUUGGAGGAUACAACAAUGGCGGCGACACAGAGCCCGACAAUGACGACGAUGCGUACGAAGGUGACGACGGCGAGCAGAGCUGGCGUGGCGUCACGGAUGGUGAUGACGACGAUUCUUCCUCCUCGGAAUCCAGUCUCGACGCUGAGGCUGAAGCUCAAAUCGGAGCCAGCUUUUCGGGCGACGACAGCGGCUUUGGAAGCGAAAGUGAGAGUGAAAGUGGGAACGACGAUGAUGACGAGCAGUCUGAGUUUGAUGUCGAUCGCAACCCGCGCCUGAACAAUACCUCAGAUGACGAUGAUGAAGACGGCGACGUUUUUGACACGCUGUUGGAUGUGCUGGAGCACUAG